AUGAAGUUUAAAAGUCAUAGUUUCUAUAUAACUGCUAUAUCAAAAUUUGCAAAACGUUCCUAUCAUCAAUACUUUAAAGAUAAAGAAAUAACUUCUUGGAAUUUAUACGAUUUUUUACUUUAUAGAUUCAAACAACAGGAUUUUAAUGUUGAUUCAAGGUUGGAGAGUGGCUAUUAUCUUAGUUUUUUAGAAUAUUUUAAGAAUGUACACAAUGAAGAAAGUGAGUUCCUCAUAAAGAAAUAUAAGGUAAAUAAGAACCUAUGUAGAAAAGAUGUAAAAGAACUUCAAUUGGCUAUUGAUACAGCAUUAAACUUAAAAGACUAUUGUCAAACUGAGUGUACAAAGGAUGAGAAGGUUCUAUUAUCAAACAGAAUGGAUCUUUAUGAAUUAUUUGUAGAUCGAAUAAAUUCAAUAAAUGACGAUGAUGUCAAGUAUUUUGAGUAA